GGGUGUCGGUAGCGGGCCAAGACGACUCUCUUUCCACUGGCAUGGAACCGGACUAGUCGAUCGUUCACCGUCGACCAGGUCUGAAGUGAACAGUGUCAGCCCUCGACCAGCCGAAAAAAAAAGAAAAUAAAAAGAAACUUUCUCGAUCAUCAAACACUCGUGUCCGAGCGAUCCAUUAACCAUCGGCGGUAUAGGAGCGAAAGAAAAACGAGUGAACAAAAAUACAAAAGAAGAAAUUUUGCCGGUGUCCAUCCAUUUCCUUUUUCGGUCCGGCAAAACAGUAGGUAGUGGUGAAACGGACAACAAGAGGUGAAACACGAUAAUUGAAAUAGACAUCUCUCUCUCUCUCUAUUUUUGUGUUAAAAAAGUGCACAGCUGCCAUUGUCAGCGAGAGAUCCGUGGUGCGUGUCGACACCAAACACGGCAGUAUUCGUGUCAGAAUGAAGCGCAACUGACAGAGUGACAAGGGAGAGGAGGAAAAAGUGGAUGUUCGCCCAAGACAUCCGAGGGUGUGUCAAGUCGUGUGACAUCGCGGACGCUGCCGGCGCACCAGCAGCAGCACCGACCAUCGCGCUAAAAGCUCUCAACAAACAAAACAUCAACCCGUAGCGGGUCGUAAUACUACUCUCCUCAUUACCCAACCAAUCAGCUCCAGCUGCGUCUGUCUCAUCACACAAAAAAUCGACCGGGAACAAAAAGCUUCUGCCCCCCUGCAGUCGCCAUUGAAACUUUUUCGACAAUCAUUUCAAUUCAUUCAGCUUUCAACAAGAUUUCCAUUUCGCUUGAUCUUUAGACUAUAAGACCCGGGGUUCACUUUCGGAAGACAUCAGCCGCUAGAGGCGCAUGUGCCCAACUUGUGUGUGUGUGAGGACUUUCUCUGAGCAAAUCAUCGAUCACAUCCGCCGCCGGCUGCGCCGGGUUGGGGGAAAAGCUCUUUUUUGGAUCACUACCACCAGACCAGGGCUCCUCUUUUCCAGUGUUCCCUCCCACUCUCUCUCCCUCCCCUACCCCGACACACCCGCUACCCCGUGUGAGUUAAGAGCGUAGAGAGAAGUCGAGGACAUCGGCGAUUGGUCGACAGGGCCGAGGUCACGUGGCUCGUCCUUCCCCCAACGGGAGGUGGAGCCCCCCGCCAGUUAUUUGCUCCAGUCCGCAUCGACUCUCUGGCACUGGCACUGGGCACUAUAAGCACAAGACAUCAACCAGCAACGCGGGCCGGCUGCGAGGAACAAGAAGAGCGCGGACACACGACAAUCGAGUGAAGAGUGAAACACAGACAAGACAUCAGAGUUAGUUACUAGUGAGUGGCCGUCGCCUCCGAAUCACAUGAGUUAUUGGUUAGUUUCGUCACGAAAAUAAAUUAAAAAAUAGUGACGACUCAAUUUCGUAUUGACACACAAGAGUCCCAGUCAACAUCAUCAUCAUCAUCUCCUUGUGUCAAUCAGUGGAAGGUAGAAUUGAUGAUCGCCAUGAGUUCGUUCUUGAUGAACUCCGGGUCGUCGCAGUACGUCGUCGACCCAAAGUUCCCGCCGAGUGAGGAGUACAGUCAGAGCAGUUACAUUCCGGCGGCCGUGUCCAGUGACUACUAUGUGCCUCACCACCAAGUCCAGCACUACCACGGCUACCACGGGCACCACACGCAUCACCACCACAACGGAACUCAUCCGUCGUCCGUCACCUCGGCCGCUUCCAUGGGCUAUUACGGCCAGCAUCCCAGUCACGGGGGAGCGGUUGUCAGCGCUGGCGGAUAUCACGGCGGAGGAGCCUACGGAGCCAACGGAGCGUGCGGAAUCGCUGGCACUGGCCAGCAAGUCCAAGUGCCCAUGACUGGGCAUGUCGCCCCGACUCUAGGCCAUCACCAUCAGCACCAGCCGCAACAGCAACAUCAGCAGAGUCCGGGAAUGAUUCAACGAUCGCCCGCUCCCUCGCCAACGCCUUCGUUGACGUCCAUGGUGACCUGCCCGUCCCAGCAGCUCGGGGCCCAACAACAGCAGACCCUUGGACACCAGCAGCUUCAGCUUCAGCACCAACACGUCCAGCAGCAACAACAACAACCUCUUCACCAGCAACAACUCAAUUCCAGUCAUUUACAACAGCAGCAACAACAACAACAGCAGAGUCACGGUGUCGUCGGCGGUGGUGGUGUCGUUUCACAGGCAUUGAUGCAGCAUGACCAGCUGUCCCAUCUCGGCUCUAUGGUGGCUGCUCAGCAGGCCAACGGCCAGCAGCAACAGCUGCAAACACAGACGCAGAUCCAGCAGCAAAAUAACGCCCUGCAAUUGUGCCAGCCACCGACGCCCAAUAGCCCCGAAUCCGAUUGCGAUGACGGGUCCGACAUGUCCGACGACUCUCACAAUCCCGUCAUUUACCCGUGGAUGAAAAAGAUUCACGUCGCCGGAGCACCAUCGUUGUCUGAUGGUUUCCUAGCCAACGGAGGAUUCACGCCGGGAAUGGAACCCAAACGACAGCGAACAGCCUACACUCGCCACCAGAUUCUCGAGCUGGAAAAAGAAUUCCAUUUCAAUCGCUACCUGACGCGGCGCCGUCGGAUCGAAAUCGCCCACAGCCUCUGCCUGUCCGAGCGCCAAAUUAAAAUCUGGUUCCAAAACCGGCGCAUGAAGUGGAAAAAGGACAACAAAUUGCCAAACACGAAAAACGUUCGCCGGAAGACCAAUCCGGCCGGAGUCACGACGACAGCCACCGGCGUGCCCAUCAUCACGACGGCGGCCAAUAACACAACGACCACCAGCACGCCGACCCCCACCGGUAAUUCGCAAUCGUCCAAUCCGCCCAGAUCCAACGAGACGCCCACGUUUCAGGAUUGCGGAAUUCUAAACAUUAAACCCGACUACGGUCUCACCAAUCUCUAAUUUGAAAUAGUCGAAAGAGGGCGGAAAAAAUAAGGGUCAAGUCAAGUCGAGUUCAAAAUUGUUACAAAACGAAAAAGUGCGUUGCGGAAAUAAUCACAACUAUACAUCCAAACAACCAGAAAGAUCCCACCGCAGUGGCACAUUUUGUAAGACAAUUGAAUCCUUCGAUUCUUUCUCUUCGUCGUUUACACACCUUCAGCUCCUCCUGCGAAUGGCUAAAAGGUUUACCUCAGGGUUUUUUUCUUCUUUUCAUUGUACAUAUACGACUACAAUUCGUGUAACCUGUUUUUUGUCACCUUGUAGACUUAUCUCUCUCUCUUCUUCUAAUUUAAAACUUUGUAUUCGAUUUAAAAAAAAAAAGUCUCGCGACUCUCCGUAAUCUCGUCCGACAGCAGGGUAGUAAGAUUCUGUUUUCAUUCUCUCUUUUCCUUGUUCUACAUGUGUUUCUCAAGUUAAGCGGAAUUACCGAUUCUACUAAAAACAUCGUGCGUUAUAAUUUACACAGCGUCGUCGGGUCAGUUCUCUUUCAAUUGUUCAUUUCCUCUGGCGUAAGAAAUGUAACAACCAAUUGUAAAGUUAACUGAUCCCGGCGCAACUGCAGUCAUCAUGUAAUAUCUAAAAAAAUAAAAGAAGCCAGCGAAAACAUUUGAGUUCCCGCUAAAAAACAAAAACAAAAAAACAAAAAGUCUGGCUGUGUGUUUUAGCUUGUUAGAUUGUUGUAGCGAGUCAAUCGGGCCUCCCUGUACUAUAUCUAUAUUUCUCAGUCGAUAUAACAAACAAAAAGAGCCCGAUAAAACAUUAUUCGAAAAUCAAAAUCUCUUCUUUUCUCCUUUAAACUUUGUUUUUUUGGGCGUCGUUCAAAGCGUUUUUAAGAAAAGAAUUUCAAAAUUCGCGCGCACCGCAAACUGUCAUCGGACAACUAGCGCGUGUUUGGCAGCGUUCGCGUUUCCCUUGAAUAUUGCAGCGCGAAGAAUUUUAAUGUGUUUUUCACUUUUGGCUGAACCCGAUUAAAGUGGAUACGAAAAAUAGUGAAUAGGGCGCGGUCUCUCUGUGUGCCAUGGGCCCCGGGUGGGAGGAGUAGGUCGGCCCUCAUUACGCGACUCCAAACUCGGCGGUUUUUAUUUUUAUGGGCCUAUUCAUUGGCCCCUGAACUCUAUUGUCGUUGUGUGGCAAGCCCAAAACAUUAACUGUGUGUGUGUGUCUGACCCCCACAAAGUUUGUUUCGAGUGUGUGUGUAUGUGUGUCGGCUGGCGCGUGUUGUGUCGAAGCAGUGUAAACACAUCCGAGGAUGAAUCCGCCAAUGUAUAUUGUAGGCCUGACGACAUUUACAUGUGCCAUUGCCGGGCUACUGGACUGUUCUCUCCCUUGGCCGCUUAUUGCCUCUUUCGCCGAGGCAAUAAAACUAGGAGCAAAUGGCCCAUUUAUUUCCCCGAAGAGUCGCUUCACCUGCCACCCACAAACAAACUUUUCUCUUCUUCUAUUUUAUUAUUAUUAGAAUUCCCCCCCGAUUUUUGCACACCAAAAGAGAUGGGAAACACCGCGUCCCAGAGUUCCUAAAUACCUGCGCUUUCCUAUCACAUUAAAAGAGAAGAAGAAGAAGAUUAAAUAUGUAGAAAAUAGCUUCCCUCAUUAGAAGAAAGCGACGGAAUUCUUUUAUGAUUUUUUCACUUUUAUCUCUCCACUUUUGUUUUAGUUGAACAAGAAUCAAAAGAGAAGAUGCAGAAAUCGGCUACAACUUUAUAGCGCGAUUUCGCAUCAAGUCAAACAGUUUGUGCGUGUUUUUAAUUGUAAGUGUCUUUCGUUUUCUGUCACAUCAUGUUUGCAAACAUUUUCCCCGUCAUUUCGAUUCUUUCAGCGCAGUGUGAAAAAAUGUCACUGAGAGGUUCUUGCCAUGAUUU